AUGGCUAGUUCGCCUCCAUCUCCAUUUCACACAAGCCUCCCAAAUCCCAAGAAGCGGACCUCUAUGAGUUCACAGGCAUCGGCACAAGGAGCAUCCAAGAGACCGAAGCUACAUCCUCUCAGACAAACCUCAUUUCCUGCUCAAGAUGCAAGUGGACGAUAUGGUUCCGCGGUCACGAGUGCGCGCUCCGAAUCUGGUAGUGUCGCAAACAGUCUCUUAUCAGGGGUGAGCGGCAAAGUCCCCGGCAGGGGGAGAGGAAGACCUCGGAAAUCACAACAACUCAACGACGAAGAUACUCGCUCCGUGCGCCAGGCUCCCGCCGAUACGGCCAGUCAAGUCGAAAGUACCUCAAGAAAUGCCGGCCGCGGAACAAAAUCGGUGGUUAGCGCUCGUUCAGGUGCAGCUGAGCAGGAAGAGGACGACGAGGGUGACAUUGAUGGCAUGUUUGAGACCAUGGAUGAACAGGAGAGACGGCAAGCUGAAGAAGAGGAAACAAGGCAGGAGCAGCGCCGUGAGCGGUUGGCAGAUAUGCUUGACCCAGACCAAUAUGCGCGAUACAACCAGUGGCGGGCUCUCUCACUCAAUGUCGCUACAGUCAGGCGGCUGGUGAAUUCUGUUGUCUCGCAGUCGGUCACGUCUGCUCCUCUGCAGGCGGUAAGAAUCUACGGUAAAUGGUUUGUGGGCGAGAUCGUGGAGAGAGCGCGUGAAGUGCAGAUCGAAUGGGCCAAAGCGUACGAAGAGACGAGGAAAGAGGAGAGCAAACGCCGACAGAAGGAGUUAGAGGCGCUAGAGGAGAAGCAAAAGCAAGGCAACUAUACCGAUCAACAAGCCCGCUUGUUGGCGAGGGACCUGGAGGGACUCAGGAGGGAAGUGAAAGAAUAUAUCCCAAAUCCGCACAAGGGAGGGCUCUUGCCAGAUCAUCUUCGAGAGGCAUUGCGGAGAUACAAAGCCGACGGAGAAGGUGGAGGUGUCGGAUUCGAAGGUUCGAGCCAUGGUCUACUUGGAGUGCAAGGCCCUAUGGCUUGGAGGGUUGGCGAUGGUGCUUCUGGUAGACGACUCCUGAGAUGA